CUUUUUUCCAUUAUCCGGAAAUAUCGAGAGAUGUGGAAUUUCAGAUAAUUUCACCCAUUAUCUUCGGAGGCUCGCUUUAAGAGAGAGAGAGAAAGAGAGAGAAAGAGAAAAAGCUUGCAAUGGCUAUGGCAGCUGGGAGUUUUGGAGCUUGCUUUGGUCUGAAGCCCGUCGACAAUCCACGGCUCUCAAAUGGGUUUUGUGUCCGCUCCGAUCUUAUUCAGCAGUGUCGAAUUCUGUAUAAGGGAAGAUUGUCAAGCACACCUCCAAACACGCCACAAGCUGCAUCCCCGACUGCUGUGGAGGGAGGAAGUUCUAGUGAUACAGUUCCUACUCCUAAAGUUAUCAUAGAUCAGGAUUCAGAUCCAAACGCGACCAUUGUCGAGAUAACAUUCGGCGACCGCCUUGGGGCCCUUCUCGAUACUAUGAAUGCCCUUAAGAACCUAGGACUCAAUGUCGUCAAGGCAAAAGUCUUCUUGGACUCUUCCGGCAAGCACAACACAUUCGCCAUCACUAGAGCGGAUACUGGCCGGAAAGUUGAUAAUCCGGAGCUACUAGAGGCAAUACGCCUGACAAUCAUCAAUAAUAUGCUUGAAUAUCAUCCGGAAUCAAGCGCUCAAUUAGCGAUGGGAGAGGCUUUUGGGAUUGAUCCACCAAAGCAAAAGGUUGAUGUGGACAUUGCAACUCAUGUACGUGUCUAUGAUGACGGCCCUGAUCGAAGCCUACUAUACGUGGAGACUGUGGACCGCCCUGGACUAUUGGUGGACCUUGUUACGGCCAUCACAGACAUAAGCAUUGCAGUCGAAUCAGGAGAGUUCGACACGGAGGGGCUCUUGGCAAAGGCAAAGUUCCACGUCAGCUACCGGGACAAAGCAAUCAUCAAGCCUCUGCAAAUGGUUCUAUCUAACAGCUUGCGGUACUUCUUGAGGCGGCCCAGCACUGAGGAGUCGAGUUUUUAAGCCAUUUUAAAGACAUCAUGUUGCCUAUUUGCCCAAAAUGCAUGCACCCAAGUAGGCUUUUCAUAUAAAAAGAGCAGCCAAUUUUAUGACCAAACCGCUCUCUGAAAUUCUCUUAGGUCCAAUAAGUUUAAAGGAAGAAAAUGUAAUACCAUUUUAAUCAAUGUAAACACAACCUACUUAUGUUACCAUUCUCA